UUUUCUUCUCUGAUGCCGGUUGUCUUUUGUGGGACUGUACUAUGGAUGAGCAAGCCAAGAGAAGCGGCUGAGGAUUUCGAACGGUCCGGGUGAAGCGCUCAGGCAGCCAGCACGACGUCGAAACGGGCAGCAGGCAUGAUUUCCCUGUAGCAGGUGAAGAGGAAACCACCCUGCAUGCGUCUGAGUCUCCGCUCCUCACGCCGCCAGCUCUUUUUCCACUGAAGAACGCAUUUCUGCCGGAUAACCAUGGCUCACCUCAUCAGACACAAGCUCACCAACAAACUGACCAACGCGGCCCACACGGUGUCCAACAAAUCCCAGGCCAAGGUCAGCGGGGUGUUCGCCCGGCUGGGCUUCCAGGCCGCCACGGACGAGGAGGGUCUGGGCUUCGCCGAGUGCGACGACUUGGAUUAUGACUACAGGCAAGGGAUGCAGAUGGAUGUCCUUCAAGGGGACGAGGAAGGGGGCCACAUGGAGGGAGAGGGGGACCUGGAGGGGGACAGCCACUACCAGAGGGACGGCACCGGCCCGAGGCCUUCCUCCCUGAAGACCGGGGGCUCGCUGGAUGAGGAGAAACCAAAAAUCACGUCGUGGGAAGCGGGCUGGAACGUCACCAACGCCAUCCAGGGCAUGUUCGUCCUCGGCCUGCCGUACGCCAUCCUCCACGGCGGAUACCUCGGCCUCUUCCUCAUUAUCUUCGCGGCCGUGGUGUGCUGCUACACCGGGAAAAUCCUCAUCGCGUGUCUCUACGAGGAGAACGAGGACGGCAUCAAGGUCCGCGUGAGGGACUCCUACGUGGACAUCGCCAACGCGUGCUGCGCGCCGCGCUUCCCGACGAUAGGCGGCCACGUGGUGAACGUGGCCCAGAUCAUCGAGCUGAUCAUGACCUGCAUCCUGUACGUGGUGGUCAGCGGCAACCUGAUGUACAACAGCUUCCCGGGCUUCCCCGUCUCCCAGAAGGCCUGGUCCGUGGUGGCCACGGUGGCGCUCCUGCCGUGCGCCUUCCUCAAGAACCUGAAGGCCGUGUCCAAGUUCAGCUUGCUCUGCACGCUGGCGCACUUCGUCAUCAACGUCCUCGUGAUCGCCUACUGCCUCUCCAGGGCGCGCGAGUGGGCCUGGGAGAAGGUCAAGUUUUAUAUCGACGUGAAGAAGUUCCCCAUCUCCAUCGGCAUCAUCGUGUUCAGCUACACCUCGCAGAUCUUCCUGCCCUCCCUGGAGGGCAACAUGCAGAAGCCCAGCGAGUUCCACUGCAUGAUGGAGUGGACGCACAUCGCCGCCUGCGUCCUCAAGGGCCUCUUCGCCCUGGUGGCCUACUUGACGUGGGCGGACGCCACCAAGGAGGUCAUCACGGAUAACCUGCCCUCCACCAUCCGGGCCGUGGUCAACCUCUUCCUCGUGGCCAAGGCGCUCCUGUCCUACCCGCUGCCGUUCUUCGCCGCGGUGGAGGUCCUGGAGAAGUCACUGUUCCAGGACGGUGGCAGGGCCAUCUUUCCUGACUGCUACGGCCCCACCGGCCAGCUGAAAUCCUGGGGACUCGGCCUCCGUAUUGCCCUGGUGGUAUUUACCCUGCUCAUGGCCGUGUUCGUCCCCCACUUCGCCCUACUGAUGGGUCUGACUGGGAGUCUGACCGGCGCCGGCCUGUGCUUCCUGCUGCCCAGCCUCUUCCACCUAAAGCUCCAGUGGAGGAAUCUCAUGUGGCACCACGUCUUCUUUGACGUCGCCAUUUUUGUCAUUGGGGGCAUAUGCGCCAUAUCUGGCUUCAUUCACUCGAUCGAAGGCCUCAUAGAGGCGUUCAGGUACAAUAUCCAGGACUGAGAGCUUCAGAGACGACCUUCAUCGAACGGUGAUUGAUUUCCACAGAUCAGCCGCGCUUCAGCAGGUCGUCAGACCUCAUCAGUACAACACCACUUGACAGGAGAGCUCACGAGGAGGAUCGUUUAUGUGAAAUGUACAUCUUUUUAUUUUGCCUUCGUGAUAAUGUGCAAUAAUAAACUCUACAGUAUUAGUGUAAAGUAGUCUACUCAUUCCAGAAAACGUGUUUGAUUAACGGGACAGUGGCGUUCGCCCUCCGCAUGAGGAGGAGGGCGGUGGAACAUGCCGGCACUGAAAGGCCUGUCCACGCGCAAAGAUCAAAUGCCCGCCUUGGGUUUAACUGUGAGUGUGUACGUGUUUAUAUCUGGGGAAUGAAAUAUGUGCAAAACAAUGGAGUGAAUAUGUUACUGUUGGUUUUUUGAGCUGCUAGAUAUCAUUAAUCCCACAUCAGAGAAAAUAUAAGAGCGAGGCAGCCAUCAGAUCAGGUGGCGCUCUGCGGAUCAUGAAUACUUCUGUGUAGUGCUUUGAACAGAUUUCUUUUCUAUGGGUUUUGUGUUGUUCUUUGUUUUAUUUUUUUCUAUUAUUAUGCCUAUAGUAGUCCUUGAUGGCUCGUUUGUUUUCUUGGUGUUUCAAGUGUCAUUCUGGAUGAAGUGAAUUCAAGUGCAAGCAAGUGGGUCCUAACUGUGUUAUAAGAAAAAAAAACAUGUCUGUCUGAUAAUAUUCUGUUCCUAUUGAACGUGUUAAUUGUGAUUUAAUGGAACCAAACAUGGUGUGUGAGACAAAGAGUAUUUGUUGACUUAAGAGAUAAAUAAAUCUAAUAUUUUAUG